AGUAGUAAUAAGUUUUCGAAUAUGUGGCAAAAACAACGACUAAAUAUGUGUGUCAAAAAGUGUUGUCAUCAUCAGCUGUUUAUUACUCGACAGCUGAGUGGCGCUGCAGUAGAAAGGCAGGAGCUCAGCCAGAAGGUAAUGGACGAAACCGAGCCAGCUCCUGCACGAAUCGAUGAGGAAUGGUUGCAGGCUAAGCCGUAUGCUGAAAUUCCAGGACCUAGUGUUAUGCGCACUAUAUCCUACUUCUUACCUGGCGGAAAACUUUACAACACAAACCUAAUUGAGUUAAAUCGUCGUAUGCGUGAGUGGUAUGGUGAUAUAUAUCGCAUGCCUGGCAUGAUGGGAAAACCGGAUGUUGUGUUCACAUACAAUCCGAAUGAUUUCGAGGUAACUUAUCGCAAUGAGGGCCUGUGGCCCAUACGCAUUGGCUUGGAGAGCUUCACCUUUUAUCGCAAGGUUCAUCGUCCGGAUGUUUUUGGCGGCAUCGGCGGACUGGUCUCGGAACAAGGUAAGGCAUGGGCCGACAUACGCAACAAGGUGAAUCCCGUGCUGAUGAAGGUGUCGAAUGUACGCCAGAACUUGCCACAGAUCGAUCAAAUUGCUCAGGACUUUAUAGAGAAACUAGGGACCUUGCUCGAUUCACAGACGCAUACAAUUAGUGGGGACUUUCACGAAGAACUGAAAAUGUGGGCUUUUGAGUCCAUUAGCUAUGUGGCACUCAAUAGCCGCAUGGGCUUGCUGUCUGACCAACCAGAUGCUAAUGCUGCUCGUCUAGCUCAGCAUAUGACCGAGUUUUUCGACUACAGCUUCAAAUACGAUGUACAGCCAUCUAUUUGGCCCUAUUACAAGACGAAUGGAUUCAAAAAGUUUCUGCAAACCUAUGACAAAAUCACGGAGAUCACAACGAACUACAUCGAAGCGGCCAUUCAGAAUUUCGAAACAGAGGACAAUGCGAAGCCGAAAAGUGUUUUGGAACAACUACUGCGUCUUAAUAAACAGAUUGCUGUGGUUAUGGUCAUGGAUAUGCUAAUGGCAGGCCUCGAUACGACCUCAUCAGCGUUUGUCACCAUUUUGUACCAUUUAGCGUGUAACCCCGUGAAGCAGGAGCGGCUUCGUCGUGAAUUAAACGAAAUUCUGCCCAAUCCCAACAAUGCUCUGACCAAUGAGAACACCAAAAAUAUGCCCUAUUUACGCGCUUGCAUCAAGGAGGGACUGCGCAUUACGUCCAUCACACCCGGAAACUUUCGCAUCACCACAAAGGAUCUGGUGCUGUCCGGGUACCGUGUGCCUCGGGGAACUGGUGUGCUCAUGGGUGUGCUGGCCCUUUCAAAUAGCGACCAAUACUUUCGACACAGCGCCGACUUCAUGCCAGAGCGUUGGCUGAAGGCAGGCAGCAGCGCCGAUGCCUGCCCUGAGGCCCGCUCCAGUAACCCCUUCGUCUAUUUACCCUUCGGCUUCGGACCCCGAACCUGCAUUGGCAAGCGUAUCGCGGAGCUGGAAAUCGAAACCCUACUGAUUCGUUUGCUGCGACAAUAUAGAGUACGCUGGCUGGGAGAUCAGCCCCUGCAGUACGCGAGCACCAUUAUCUUGGCGCCGCAAGGCAACAUUCAGUUUAGUUUCGAACCGAUCGCUUAGCCAAAAGGUUAUCAAAUUAUUAUAAUAUACGAGUACGUAGUAUUAUGAUUUAUUAAAUUCAGCAGAACUGAAAAA